UCCUUCGGCGUGCUCAGUGUAAACAAAACAUAAAAUUCUUCUAUUAAAGUGCUUUUUAAAAAAAAUUCCAUUGUGGAAUUUCCUUUUUCUCUAUAGUGUGGUAUAGAAUACUUGUCGUUAAGUUUUGUAUGUUAUCUAAAAAGUGGCUAAGCGAAAAGUUAACGCUGUCCUCUCAGUUUACUUUUUAAGUCUGGUGACUCGGAGUAAUAUGCUUGAUUAGUUAAGGUUUUGUUUAAUCAAACAGCAUAAAUUGCAUGGACUCUUGUUCUUCUCGGAAUCUUCUUCCAAUCAUAUAUGGCUAACUUUGUACUCCAAGAAGCCGAAAAAGUUUAUAUUGUUCAUGGUAUUCAAGAAAAUUUAAGAGGAGAUGGAAGAAAUAAUAUGGAUUAUCGCAUGAUUGAAAUAGAAACUGGUGUAAUUCCUAAUAGUUGUGGAUCAGCUAUCAUAAAAAUUGGGGAUACUAAACUUCUAGCAGGUGUUAGUGCAGAAAUAAAGGCUCCAUUAGCUCAAGCUCCUAAUAGAGGUUGGAUUGAAGUGUCUAUUGAAAGCACACCACAUGCUAAUUCAGACUUUGAGAAAAAAUCUGGAUCUGAAUUUGGAAUUGAUGUAACUCAGGUUUUGAAUCAAAUCUGUAAUUAUGAAAAUCUUGUCAAUUUAAGGUCUCUAUGUGUUAUUCCUGGACAACAAGUAAUGGUGUUAUACGUUGAUAUAAUGGUAUUAGGUUAUGAUGGAAAUCUCAUGGAUGCAGCUUCCAUUGUUACGAAAGCAGCUUUGUAUGACACAAAACUUCAGUCUUUUAUUGUAAAGAAAGAUGGCGACAACGAACCUGAAGUAGAAUUCACAGAUGAUGAAUAUGAUGUUUUUUCCGUAGAUGUUACAAAUCUGCCAGUGCUCGUUACAUUAUUUAGGAUUGGCAGUGAAUUCAUCGUUGAUGCCACUGGAGAUGAAGAAGCCUGUAAUAAAUGCAAAUUACUUCUUGCAAUAUCUUCUGCUGAAAUUGUAAUGAUGAAAGAAAUGGGAGGUCCAGGAAGUCUGCAUAUAGAAAGUAUUCAUGAUGUUAUUGAAGUUUCUCAAAACAUGGGCUUACAAUUACAAAGACAAUUAAUGGAUAUUCUGAAAUCUGAACGAAACAAUGCAGAAAAGGUUAUUUUUCUUUGAAAAAAAAAUUUUGAAUUUGUAAAAAUAAAUAAACUUUUUUAAAAU